AUAUCCACUAGACGACGAAGAAUUGCAGAUCAUGACAACCUGGUCCAGCAGCAACUCAUCCUUGUGCAGUGCGCUCUAACCCCACUUCCCACACAAAUCGUCAGUAGUUGUAAACAAAAACAACCCCCCGUAAAAAUUGAGCAUUAAAAUGAGUUUAGGGGGCCGAAACCGGCUCAGUAUCCUAGACAAGCCCCUUAGCAAGGGCAAGGGCGAGGUCUCGCUCAGUUGUUUUGCCCUGCUCUUCUCCGAAGUGGUUCAAUACUGUCAGAACAAAUCCACCACUCUUCCUGAUCUGCAAAAUCGAUUGCACGAGCUGGGGCGCAGGGUGGGUGUUAAACUGAUAGACUUGUACUUUGUGCGAGAGCGCAAUGGAAAACGCGAAACCAAACUGCUGAACAUACUCUUGUACGUAAAGUCCACAUUCUGGAAGGCGCUGUUUGGUAAGGAAGCGGAUAAGUUGGAACACUCGAACGACGAUGAAAACACCUACUAUUUGAUGGAGAAAGAGCCAGUUGUGAAUCGGUUCAUAUCCAUUCCCAGGGACAAAAGCAGCCUGAAUUGCGCCGUGUUUAUUGCGGGGAUUAUCGAGGCUGUUUUAGUGGGGACAGGAUUUCCGGCUAAAGUCACGGCUCAUUGGCAUAAAGGAACGACGUACAUGAUCAAAUUCGAGGAAUCAGUGGUCGGACGCGACAGCCAAACGGAUGAGAGAUGAGAAAAUUACCUUUGCACUGUAAUUAAUUAAAUACCUAAUAAAUUUGUGGAUAUUGACAGCUACCAGUCAAGUCAAAUGGA